UUUUGGAAUAGGCUCAUACUAGUGGCCGGCAAAAUGUCCUUUUCGGAGUUGGAUUCAGAUUUCGUAUUCCUAACUAGAACCGGUCUGGAUUUUUCUGCAUUAAUCCGGUCCGGAACUACUCCUGAGAUCGCGAGAAGAAACAGACUUGGGACCCUGGACUACGGAAAAAUCCGGCCUGAUCCGUUCCAACACAGGUCAUUCACUAUUUAUAUUUUUCCUUCCUUAAUUAAAAAUGUUGGUAAAAUCUAUUUUUCCCAGUCAGUUUUUAUUCAUUUUUUAUUUAAAAAUUCAUUUUCCCCCGUAAUUGUGUAUUCCUGUAAUUUUAUUAAUUUUUUCUCUUUUUAUGUUUGGUGCUUAAAUUUACUUAAAAAAUGUUUUUUUUCUUUUCUUAAUUUUUAAUCCAACCAUUCAUUUUAAUUUUAAAAUUUCCACUUUUUUAAUUUAACUAAAAUAUAAAUUUCUGAGACGUUUUUAAAAAAAAAGAAUAUAUGUAUUGAGAUGAGAUUAUUGUGAUAUAUUCGAUAAUUUUAUACAUAUAAAAAUUUAAUUUUAAUGUAUUUUUUUAUUUUAUAUUUUUCUUUGUUUUUUACCACAAAUAUAAUAUUUUUUAAAAAAAUUGCGGAUAGAAAUUUGCAAAAAAAAUUUUUUUUAAUAAUUAAUUUUUCAGAAUUUUUUAAGUUUGAAUUUAAAAGAAAAUUAAAUUUUGAUGAAUAUUUCUGUUCUGUCGCUCCGAUGAAUUUUUGGUUGGUUCUAAAAAUGCUUUUAGUGCGCAACUUUCAAGGACCCGACUUUUGUGGAUAGGUAAUUGACAUUAGAUUAUGCAUAAAGGGUGUUGGUUCCUAUUUUUCUGAUCUUGAUUGUUUUCUUUUGUUGGCCGGUUUGCUGUAUUGGAUAAAUUGAUUAAUUUUAAUUUCUGUUGGAUAGAAAUCAUGAAUCUCCUUUUUAGCCUCAGCAUAUAGUUAUU